AUGUCUUCUAACAGAUCUGCCUUGAAGGACGUUGUCACCCGUGAAUACACCAUCAACUUGCACAAGAGACUCCACGGUGUCUCUUUCAAGAAGAGAGCUCCAACUGCUGUCAAGGAGAUCAAGAAGUUUGCCUUCAAGCAACUCGGUACCUCCGAUGUUAGACUCGACCCAAAGUUGAACCAAGAGAUCUGGAAGAGAGGUAUCAAGGGUGUUCCAUUCAAGCUCCGUGUUAGAAUCUCCAGAAGAAGAAACGAGGAGGAGGAUGCCACUGAGAAGUUGUUCUCUUACGUCGAGCCAGUCCAAGUUGCUUCCGUCAAGGGUUUGAACACCGUUGUCGUUGAGGAGGAAGAAGAGGCUUAA